AUGCCAGUUUCAUGGGCCAACCUACCGCGUGGAAUAUUGUCGAGAAUAUUUCAAUUUCUUCCCAAUUGGUUCAACGGGGUGCAUCGCGUCCUUCUUACACAAGUCUGUAAGCAUUGGUAUGACGAAGGCAUCUAUGUUUGUUGGAAAAAUCUCGAGAUUUACGGAUUGGUGAACACCAUCAAACUUAAUAAGAUCGCUUUUGCUCGGCCAGACCUUGCAGCAAUGACCACCGAGCUUGAAAUAUACAAUGUGAAAUGGUAUGAGUUUUCAGAAGAACAUUGGAUGUCGAUACCUCCCAAGGAAAAAGGCUCUGCUGCCAAUUUUGUUUGGCCAGACUUUUAUUGCUUCUCAUGGACCCCCAACUGUGGUGUGAUCGUCUGUAUGGGUGUGAAUGAAUGA